CUUGUAACUGCCUCGGAUAACAGCGAGUGGAGCAGCGGCAACUCAGGCGAUGGCUUCAAGCAACGUGAAUUUUGACCCGGACAGCUUCGCGAAGUUCGACAGUCAGUCAAGUCAAUCCGCGGAUGAAGUCCUCAGAAGAAUUCAUUUCCAAGGUUCGCUCACCGAGAAUCAUCAAGUUCUGGAAGUAGGGUGCGGGACGGGACGCUUCGCUCGGCAAUAUUUGCUCACUCACUGCCGAAUCUGCCGGAGGAUAGUGGCCACGGACUGCGAUCCGGACAUGAUCGACUUUGCGAAGAAACAUUUUGCGCAUGACGACAUCGUGCACGACCUCCUAGACAUCACCACACCCUGCUUGGAUAUGUUCCUGGAGAGAUACGGAAAGUUCGACAGGAUCUUCUCGUUCCUGGUGUUUCACAUGAUUAGGGACCAAAAGACAGCGUACGCGAACAUUGCCAAGUUGCUUAACCCCGAUGGCGAAUGCCUGGUGGUCGCUAUGUCGAGCCUUGAUACAAUGGACGUGUGGCUUGAGGUGUACAAAAUGCCGAAGUGGAAAGGCCGUAUUCCGGACCCGCGAAACGUUUUCAAUGCUUCCGUCAACUUCAACUGGAUCAAAUCAGCGGCACAGGUUGAAGCCGAAGUCAGAGACACUUUACGUGGAACCGGUUUGCAGUGCAUCUCCUGCGAAGUUGAAGAUUCCUGCUGGAAGUUCGACUGCAUGGACUCCCUUCUCGGCAUCCUCCUAACGAUUUUUCCAUUCAAGGCGUUCGUUCCUGCUGAGGAGUGGGGAUGCUUCCGCGAUUCAUGGGAGGAACUGAUGCACCAGAAGCUGUCCCCUACCCAAGGAGAGCCAUUGGCAUUGAAGUUCACAUUUUACGUAGUGCACGGAAGGCUAUCUACCGAUUAGAGUGCAAUAAAUAUCAUAAAGUUCAUUCUCAUCCGGAGCAGUGCGGAAACUCUCGACGGUAAUUGUCGAUGCGUGGAACUGAAAUAUCCGCGACGUGGAACCUAAUCAUAGUAUUUAGGCAGUGUUCGUGUAUACUUGCAGCAUGACACUCAAGCAACGUUUGUUCUUUCAUUGUGUAUUUUUGUGAAGAACAGUGCCACAAACCUGCUCAUCUGUAGCGAUAGGCAUGAACCACGGAUUUAUUGAACCAUUGAGUUUCACACAUUAUUUGCUAAAGCCUUUUCUUUCUAAAGAGAAGUAGGUUGGUGUGGUAGUUCAGCAACCAUGAGAAAUAUAGGAAGUACAUGGCAUUGUCUAGACUUUGGGCUGGUGCCUGUGAAUGUACUUGUGGCUUUGUUUACGUGUGUAUGCCUUUUGUCUACUGUUUUAAAUAAAAUAAAGGCUCGUUGUUAACCAA